AUGCAGAAUCCUAAUAAUAGAUCGAAUGGACCAGAGUAGAGCUUAUUGUUUCAUUUUGAUUGUGAUUGUGGACAAGUGGAAGUAGAUCGCGUUGGAGUCAAAAAGCAUUACUUCAAGUGCAUCGAAGCUAAAAAUUAGUAUGAAGAUCUAACAUAGCUUGUGAUGAAAUUGAUGACUUAGAGUAAUGAUAGGAAAAAAUUGAAUUUGAGUUGUAUAUUAAGUAUGCUUUCCCACGAAAUCCAAGAUAACUUGAAAAUUGAAUAGAACAAUAAUCAUGUCAAUCAUCAAAUAGGAAACAACAGACCUUAAAAGUUUGAGCAAGUCAACUAGGUUCCACCUAAGAACAUUGGUUUCAAUUAGACUCUAAAUCAAUCUGCAAGUUAUAAUGAGGACAUGAAUGAGUUCAAUUUCAGUUCUACCGGAGGAUAAAAUCUUGGAACGGGCUUCAAGAACCCUCAAUUCGAUGAAUAAGCAUACUUUGAACAGAUGAGGCAACUUUAGUACCAGGAGACAUGCAAGUACUGUGAAAGAGUUUUCACUGAAUGUGCUUCUAAGUCGCAAUAAUUAAAAUGCCCAGAUUGCGGGGGAACCGUUUAGGAAUGGGAGGCAAGGGAAAUAUUGACUUAAAAGGAGUUAGAGGAAAUUGAAAACCUCCAAAAGGCAUAACUUCUCGCACAAAAUAAAAAUCUAGUAUCUUGCUCCUGCGGUGAAUAUAUGGAAGUAGUACCAGGAAAAAUAGAUAUGAAUCAAAAGGACGACAAGGGCGCACCGAUCUCAUAGGAUGCAGCAGUUCAUAUGAGUAUGUUCAGAGUAAGAUGUAAUAACUGCUAAAAGAAUUUCUGUGCUAAAUGCCAAUCUGAGCCAUAUCACUUGGGCAAGACUUGCGAGCAGCACAAAGAGUUCAAGGAAGCAGCUAAGUGUAGAUAUUGCCUCAAUAAGCUAAAUGGACCACCUCCUUCGAUGAACCCAGCAUUCAAGGAAGUUUGCAGAUAAGCAGUGUGCAUCGAUUUGAUGGCAAAAUAAUGCGCAAAAAUGCUAGCAUGUGGUCAUCCCUGCUGUGGUAUCAAAGAUGAGAAAGAAUGCCUGCCUUGUCUACAUCCUUUAUGUGUCAAGAAAAAUCCUUAGCUAACUCUAGAUUAAAAUGCUGAUGAAUAUUGUGGUAUUUGCUAUACAGAGGGACUUGGUCAAGCACCAUGUGUUCAGCUUGAAUGCAAUCACAUAUAUCACAUUGAAUGCAUAAUGAAAAAGGUAAUGGGCAGAUGGCCAGGACCUAGAAUAGUCUUUGGCUUCUUAGACUGUCCAGGUUGUAAAGGUAGGAUUAAAGCAUCUAAGUGCGAGCCUCUAAAUAGAGAAUUAGCGUUGGCAUUGAAAAUAGAAGAAGAAGUUAUAAAGAAAGCAGUGGAAAGAUCCAAGUACGAGGGACUUGAAAAAGACCCAAGGAUUGCUGAUCCUAAUGACAUCUACUACAAUAAUAUUCAAAAGUACGCAAUGUAUAAGCUGGCUUAUUAUCAGUGCUUCUAAUGCAAGAUCCCCUACUUUGGUGGAAUGAAGGAUUGCAUCUAAGCCUAAUAGGAAGGACAGUAGUAUAAACUUGAAGAACUGGUAUGCGGUAAAUGCUCAGCUGUUAGUAUAGGAGCAGGAAUAGCGAAUUGCUAGAAGCAUGGAACAGACUACAUCGAGUUCAAAUGUAGAUUCUGUUGUUCUCUUGCCUAGUGGUUCUGCUGGGGCACCACUCAUUUCUGUGAGCCUUGCCACAAGCGACAAGUAGACGGUGACUACGUGUCUAAGAAGACCAAGGCAGAAUUGCCUCAAUGUGGCUCAGCAGAAAAAUGCCCGCUUAAAUUAAAGCACCCUGAAAAUGGAGACGAGUUUGCCAUGGGCUGUGCUGUUUGCAGGAACGAGGCAGCUAAUUAGAAAGAUUUCUGA